AUGUCUUCCUUUUCAAGGCUGGUCAGAUUCCUGUCCAGCGAUGGACGCUCAUACUAUGGCGACGCCAUUCUCCCACACGGAGAGUCCGACAUUUCCAAGGCAACGAGUGCCCGCAUCAUCGAGGGAGACAUCUUUGGCGAAUACCAAGUCACAGAUCGAGCGACCGAUAUCCGAACUCUUCUACCGCCGCUGGCACCAGCUCACUCUGGCACCGUCCGCUGUCUUGGCCUCAAUUACGCCGACCACGCCAAGGAAAAUAAGCUGCCCGAGCCCAAGUAUCCCGUUCUCUUCUUCAAGCCCCCCACAAGUCUCUCUGGUCCUACAGAUCCUAUUCCUGUUCCUCACAUGGCCCAGGAGAUGGAUGGCCUUGACUAUGAGUGUGAGCUGGUCAUUGUCGUCGGCAAGCAGUGCAAGGACGUGCCCGAGUCUGAGGCUCUGGAGUGCGUAUUUGGCUACGCCGUUGGCAACGACUUGUCCCACAGAGACUGGCAAUUGAAGCACGGGAAUCAGUGGGCUCAUGGCAAGGGCUUUGACGGCUGGGCGCCGUAUGGCCCGGGCAUUGUGUCGGCCAAGUUGAUUGAGGAUCCUCAAUCUCUUGCCAUCUGGACAAAGGUCAACGGGGAGGUGUUGCAAUGUGGCAAUACAGCCGACCAAAUUUUUGGUGUCAAGGAGACGAUUUCGCUCCUCAGCCGUGGCGUUACCCUGAUGCCGGGUGAUCUCAUCUUUACCGGAACUCCCGCUGGUGUUGGAAUGGGACGAUCGCCUCAAUUGUGGCUCAAGGACGGCGACGUCGUCGAGGUCGGACUCGAUCAUGUUGGUACCUGCGUCAACAAGGUCGAGUUUGCAAGGGAUUAUGCCAGGAUAUAG